ACAUUUUAAAACCUAAAACUAAAAGAGAAGCGGGAAAAGAAACAUAGUCACCAGAUUAGCACGUGUCAAGCUCGUAUUGGAUGGAUAGAGAAAUAAUUAUCAGGGACAGGCUAUAUAAACCAUGCGAAGGAGGUAACGUAGUGAAUGCGCGCGUAUAAGUUUUCUCCUUCUCCUUUCUCGUCGUCACUCUCCUACUUACCCGCUUCUUCUUCUCAGCUCGGAACUUUGUUGCCGACGGCGAUUCAGCGAAACAGAGUCUCGCCGUUUUUCUCGAACUUGAAUCUUCUUCGGCUCCUCGGUGAACGAGAAGAUGAAGAUAUUUGUCAAAAAUCUGAAGGGUGCUCGCUUCGAGAUCCAAGUCAGUCCCGAGGAUUCGGUUGGUGAUGUGAAGAAGAACAUAGAGACCGUGAUGGGAGUUACUGCAUAUCCUGCUGCAGAACAAGUGCUUAUUCACAAAGGGAAAGUGCUUAAAGAUGAAACAACACUAGCAGCUAACAACGUUUCCGAGAAAAGCGUUAUUGGCGUUAUAAAGAAAAAACCUGCAUCUACUGGAACGUCCACUGCACCUGCUAGCCUUACUGCUCUGGUUCAUGCAGCGCAUCCUUCUUCAACUGAAACUGAGACUCCUGUAACUCCUACUGAACCUGCUUGGGAUGCUGCAUCAAAUGGGAACUAUGAAAGUAUUUCAGAGAGUAACAUUCAGCAGAUUCUUGAGAUGGUCCGUGGAGCCUGGAGCCGUGAAGCGGUUGCCUAUGCACUCUGUUUGGCAUAUGAUGACCUUAAUAAAGCUUUGGAAUAUAUUUACUUUGGGAUCCCGGUGAAGAGUGAAGAUCAUUACACAACGGAGGGCACACAGGAGCAAACUCAAGAACCUGCAGAAGCAGACCUAGAAUGGUCACUUGAUUCCUUGCGCCACACUCCAGAGUUUGAGCAUCUACGACCUCUGGUGCAGUCAGACCCUAGUCUCCUAAUGGAUUUUUUACUGAUGCUAAAGGAACAAAAUCCGCCAUUCUUUCAGUUGAUUCAAGACAACAAAGCAGACUUCUUACGCUUAUUAUUGGAGCAGCCUCAGGAACCAAACAACGGAGGAGAUGGUGGCAACCAAGUGGGAGAUUCUGAAGAAACCCAAGUUGUGCAGCCUCCUAAGGAGCUCCAAGCAGACCAAACCAAUGAACCAAACAACGGAGGAGGAGAUGGUGGCAACCAAGUAGGAGAGUCUAAAGAAACCAAAGUUGAAGUCGCCACCCCUGAGGAUUAUGAAUUAAUCGAACGGCUGGAAGCAUUGGGAUUUGAAAGAGGUGAUGCGGCGGUGGCGUACUUCGCUUGCAACAAGAACGUACAAGUGGCUGCUAACCAUCUUCUCGGUUACAAGCACGAGUCUCGACGAGAAUAACACCACUAAACGGUUUAGUCUAAACCAAACUAUCUCUCACUAUGAGUUUCUUUCUUGGCUUGUAGUGGUUACAUCUAUUUUCUAUCGAGAACUAAGAGCAUGUACAACGCUAUAAAUCAGGCAAUCCUUAGGAACAAUCCUUAAUGCUUUUUGAUUAAAGAAAUAUUAAAAAAGGAGGAUAAAGUUAAGGAUGAUCCUUAAUUAAGGAUUAAAAUACGGAAAUCCUUAUUGUGCUGGCACACUUUGAUUGGUCAGCUGAAAGUGUACGUGUUCUUCAUCUCCACCUUGUCUCUUCCACAUUAUCUGCUUCACUCUCUCUCUCUUUCUAGAGCAACAAUGGCUACGACUGCUUCUUUCUUUACAAUAGCGUCGUCAUUCUCCGAGCCCAGGAUUCAGAUCCGUUCCUCGAAGCGCACAAGCCUUUCACUCCAAUACUCAAUUCCGUAUAAAGCCAAUUCUCGGAGCAGGAGGAGACUCGUGGUAAGCUCCGUUUCAGCGCCCAAAGUUGAGCUCCGUACUGGACCGGAUUAUCUCAUUUCAUCCCUCCUCUCUAAGGUCUGUAUCGGUUUGAGUCAAAUACAUUUUCAAUUUUAAAUUUUAAAUUUUUAAAUUUCUAAGAUUAAGAAAAAAAAAAUUCUAAGGAUUCCAUAUUAGAUAAUACCAUUGGACCUAUAAUUAUGUUAAGAGUUCUUAACUAUUGAAAAAAAAAGAAAAAUUAUUAUAAUAUAUCUAAGGAUUCCAAUGGUGGGUAACACCAUUGGAGUUGCUCUAAAUGUCUUCUUUUGCAACGUAGUCUUUUUUGCAACGUAGUUUCUUUUGCUCUGGUUACACACAGUUGGGGUGAUUGAUUGAUGUGUAUACUACCUUCCCUUACCAAAAAAAAAAUCAUUUCCAAAAACACUAUAAUUUAGUGUGAUUAUUUGCAGCUUUCAUAUGACCUUGUACUGACUAAGGAAACAAAAAAGGAAUAAAUAAUUGUUUAGUUGUU